ACGCGGGGCCGGGCUCCUCCAACACCGGCAGCGAUUGAAACAUAGAUGCACCUUUGAGGUAUUAGCUGCAGACGUUAUUUUGGUGUCCGCUGCUCGCCGGUUCGCCCGGAGUUUUCCUCUGUUCCUCGGUAGACAGCUGGAGAAAAUGUCCAACGUCAACUGGAAGCCCUUUGUUUUCGGCGGUUUAGCUUCCGUGACGGCGGAAUGCGGGACCUUCCCAAUCGACCUAGCCAAAACGCGUCUUCAAGUCCAAGGCCAAGUGGGCGACAGCAAAUACCGAGAGAUCCGCUAUAGAGGCAUGCUGCAUGCUAUGGCCCGGAUAGGAAGAGAGGAGGGGCUCCGGGCACUGUAUUCAGGAAUAGCCCCUGCAAUGCUGCGCCAGGCCUCCUAUGGGACCAUAAAAAUUGGUACAUACCAGAGUUUUAAGCGACUGCUGGUUGACAGACCAGAGGAUGAGACAUUGCUGACUAAUGUGGUGUGUGGUGUUCUCUCUGGUGUAAUCUCAUCCUCCAUCGCCAACCCUACGGAUGUGCUGAAGAUCCGCAUGCAGGCGCAGGGAAAUGUGAUCCAGGGCAGUAUGAUGGGCAACUUCAUCAACAUCUACCAAGAGGAGGGGACAAGAGGACUGUGGAAGGGUGUCUCUCUAACAGCUCAGCGGGCGGCCAUCGUGGUUGGGGUCGAGCUGCCGGUCUAUGACAUCACCAAAAAGCAUCUGAUCCUGUCGGGUUACAUGGGGGACACCGUGUACACACACUUCUUGUCCAGCUUUGUGUGCGGUCUGGCAGGGGCUUUGGCCUCGAAUCCAGUUGACGUAGUCCGGACGAGAAUGAUGAACCAGAGGGGAGGAGCUCUGUACCAGGGAACGCUGGACUGUUUACUGCAGACGUGGCGCUCCGAGGGUUUCAUGGCCCUCUACAAGGGUUUCUUUCCCAACUGGCUGCGCCUGGGACCGUGGAACAUCAUUUUCUUCCUCACUUACGAACAGCUGAAGAAGAUCAACGUGUGAUUGGCAGAACGAAAAGGGCGAAGAAGAGACGAGUAUGAGCACACGCUCCGAGACAAGCCGAGAGGACCAAAAAUGGGGAAUGGCUGGAUGGGGAUGGUUUCUUUAUGGAACCACUGACAGGAGCUUCAUACAGACCCAUGUUACGGGCCGUAUGAGAAUUUACCUGAUUCCUGUUUGGUAUGUCUCCCAAAGCCUGUGGCAAAUGUGGAAGGGACUGUGACACGAACAAACACUCUUAUCUGAUGUUAUAAGUCAUCCAAACGCUACUUUAGGCUAAACCGCUGAUUUAAUUGAUAUUGGCCCUUCAGAUCCAUGUCACCUAAUUUAUUGACCGAGAAAUUGGAGAAAGUUUUAGGUUGCGGCAGCAGUCCCAGACGCUCGUUUAUUUCGGUCAUAAGCCGUUUUAAAAAUAGCUCUAAUAUCACGAGGAAAACACACAUGGGUAUUCAAGUCUUCUACACUUAAAGUGUUCUCCGAAUUGAGUGCCUUAGCUUGUGAUACAGGCUGUCUGCGCCUGAGUUGCAAAAGGACUGUGAAUGUUGGAUAGCAACUGACAAUCACAGCAAUCAGGUCCCUUUUGAAAAGAUGAAAUCUCUGUGUGUAUGAGUAACUUGGACAAGGAUCUGGUGCUUUGUCUUCCUUUUUUUUUUGUAUUUCUAAAUUGAGAAAAGGGUGUUUGAAAAGGUGAAAUUAUUUAUUAUUCCAAGAGUCUCCAUGGAGUAUUUACAGAGUAAAGAGCUAAGAAUACAUCACUGUGUACUGUACUAAAUAACAGUUUUAUGAACAGCCUGAAGACCAGUGGGAGUUCUUAAACAGGACACACACAUUUAUAUGCCCAAAUGUGGCGAGACUAGUGGUCCCUCAUGCCAGCAAGGGCGUACAGUAAAUAUAACCCCUGGAUCCCUGUGUCAUUGUAUACAUUGCUAUAAAAACUAUUACAAACACAGACACAUUAUGUAAGCCUACAUAUUAAAUUUCACGCCCCUCUUAGGUUUAGACACAGUUAACUCCAGGUAUAUUUUCAUACACUAUAUUUGCACGCUGUAUGCUUAUCUGUGAGCUUACAUUGUAAUGAGUGAAUAUGUUGGCUGGCUGUUAUGUGUGAGCUGCCAUUGCUGCCAAAGGGUAAACCAGUAUAAUUUUGUCAUACUUUUGAUGUUGGUGUAAACGCUGCUGUCGCUCAGUAUAUUUGAAUUAAAAGAGAAAAACUC